AUGAACACUGCUUGGACAAUUCGAUCCCGUCGAAAUGCUCCAAAUGUUCGGCGUCCAGCAUCGCUCACAUCUCUUCCGGAUCUUUCUGAUGAACUUGAAAUUGGUAGCCGACCCAGCAGUGAUGCUAGUGGUCUCUUUGAUUCAUGGGAUCAAACGCCAUAUAUCUCCAAUACUUCUAACUGCCAAUCCAAUAUUUCUGUAUCCUUUCUCGGUAGUUGUAUCCGACGCCAAUACCGAUCUUCAUUUCUCCUCUCUGAUGAACAAGUUGUCGGUGUAAGUCGAUGUGAAACAUUUCAUCCUGAAGAUGCUAAAGCAGACGUUCGCAUAAAUAUCGCCGUCCAAGGUCCACCAAAUGAGUCCAUUACUCCAGGUUAUCGACGGUCACAAUCUGUUCCAAGUUUGCUUCAUGAUAACCUUAACGAAAACGGUGGUUGGGCUCGUUUAAUGCUUACUACUGAUAGGCCUCAAGGUUCUGAAAUUCUCGGUCGAAUUGGCAGUCGAAAUUACUUUGCAAAAGUAGGAAUUAAUUCUCCAUACUUUCAUCGGCGAAUUACACCAAUGAAAAAGGAGGAAGAAUAUAUUAUUGAGUUGAAUGAACCCCGUAAAAACCCAGAAUUGGAGAGGGAAAAGCAAACCCUUUCUGCCUCACUUUUGAGUGGAACAGCAUCAGAUGGAGAACCUAGUAUCGAUCGUUUUGAGAAGGAAACAUUUCUAGAUACUGCAAGACGACAUGGAAGCCCUAAUAUUGUUGCCACUUCCACAGCAGUUUCUUAUUUACCUCGAGCGUCGCUCAGUGACAAGAACGCGCCGCAGUCGUCGGUUCCUGAAGCGUCUUCACCAUCGACAAAUCCACUGUCUUCUGAAAAUCUCCCAUCAACAGAACGCUCUGAAAGUUUCCUCCACUUGAAACGCAGUAAAACUAAGUCUUCACUUAGCUUACAUACUUUGAACUCUGUUGGAACGCCAUGGAAUGAACCGAUUCGUCAAAAGAGUUCUGCUGAGUCCCCAAUGCGAGAAUCCGCGACUCCGCAUAUUGAUAAUACGUUAUCGCUGCAUACGGACCUUGAUGAGGAUUGUAACAUAGAGAAGGCUCAAGGAAUGGAUGCCGAAAAAGGUUCACUUCUUAGGGUCCAGCGCUCUGAAGAUAACGCCACAGGACCUUCUGUUCUCUCCUUCUUCAGUGCUACAAACGGCCUCGGUGGACCAGAUGGUCAAGAACGCAUUUCCAGUUAUUACGGUCAUAAACAUAGGAAAAGUACAAUCCUCUACACAACUCUCCAUAAUAACAAUGGUCAUGUAGUCAACCUCGGUUUAGAUGAUUCGACUAAAACCCAAGACUCUAAUAAAAUAGAGGAUACUAACGAAUGCAUAACUUCAGAGAGCAUCAAGCUAACCAUGGAUAAGGAUGUAGACAGUAUUGAAUAUGAUUCCCACCCUCCUUUGCCAAAAGAACGUAAGAGAAAACCUUUUGAACAGGCAGAGUUGCCUGAUGAUGCCUCCCAAACGGAUUACUCACGGACUGACUCAAGCAGUCUAACCCAGUUUCCCGAAAAGGAUUCUUAUUCUGAAGCCAGCAGACAAUCUUUUGGUGAGUGA